AUGGCUGUCCGUUCACUUGUCGCCACUCUCGCUUUGUGCGCUGCUGCACGUGCAGCACCCGCGCCAGAGGCCUUGGAACCUCGCCUGAUACCAGUCGUCGACUUCGACUAUGCUCCAAAGCCAACAAGCUGCCCGAGCACAGCACUUGUACGCAAUGCAGACAGUGUCAACGCCGAUGAGAAGAAUUUCGUCUCUUCCAGGAAACCAAAGGCGGACAAGAGCCUCGCUGCUUGGUUGAAGAAGCAAGGCAACUUCAAUGCGGCCUCCCAACCAUUGGUUGGCUUCACUUCUUCUGGAGGUGGCUAUCGCGCUCUGCUCGAGACUGCCGGUGUGAUACAAGCAAUUGAUGGACGAGACAGCAACUUUGGCACCAGUGGUAUCUUCCAAGGUCUCACGUAUGAGGCUGGUCUUUCAGGUGGAGCAUGGUUUCUCAGCUCGUUAGCUGGUAACAACUGGCCCACAAUUUCAUCCCUACGCGAUGAACUAUGGGAAGAGGCCUUCCAAGCCAGUCUCUUACUGCCGGCAAACAUUCUCGCCUCCGACCAGUAUGUAGAAAUUGCAGUCGAUCUGACCGCCAAGGACGUAGCCGGCUUCGACAACACCAUCGUCGACCCAUAUGGCCGCCUGCUCUCCUACCAGCUUCUGCACGGCAAUGACGGCGGUGAUGACAUCCGCCUCUCCUCCCUGACCGGCCUCAGCAACUUUACUUCCUACAACGUCCCCUACCCAAUCAUCACCACUCUCGGUGUCGAUAACAGCUACGAAGGCCAAUGCUAUCCAACCAUAAACGCCACUCAAUACGAGUUCCACCCCUACGAGUACGGUUCCUGGGAUAAAGGCGUUGCGGCCUUCGCCCAGUCAAAGUACAUGGGCAGCGAUCUCACCAACGGCAAACCCACAAACGCCAAUAAAUGCAUCAAAGACUACGACAAUAUUGGCUACGUCUUCGGCACAUCGUCCGACAUUUUCGCCGCGGUGUGUCAAGCUAUCGAGCCCGCUACCACUGGCAAUGCAUCACUAGCGCAAGUCCUCCAAGCCCUCGUCAACGAGACCAAGACGCCAGCCUUUCAGGACUUGUUUGGCAUCUACCCCAACCCCUUCUACAAGCUUCCUCAAAGCCCUACGGUCAAGGAUAGGCAGCUCAUCACCAUGGCCGACGGCGGGUUGGCAGGACAGAAUGUCCCCAUCUGGCCUUUUAUCCAAAACAAAGGACGAGUCGUAGACGUCCUGAUCGCGAACGAUAACUCCGCCGACACCACCGACAACUUCCCCAAUGGCACAGAAAUCCACCAGACGUACUUGAACGCUCAGGCCACUGGACUGACGCGCAUGCCUUACAUCCCCGACGUUGCUGAGUUCGUGGCCAAAGGUCUUAACAAACGCGCCACAUUCUUCGGAUGCGAAGACAAGUCCAAAAUGUUCAUCAUCUACCUCCCCAACGUCAACUACACUUUCGCGUCCAACCAGCCGACGUCCAAGAUUCAGUAUAGUGUGGAGGAGACGAACGCUAUGAUCAACAAUGGCAACCAAAUCGCUACGCAGAAUGGUGAUAAGCAGUGGCCCUUCUGCUUUGCUUGUGGGAUUAAGAACAGAGAUGGGGCGAAGUUGCCAAAGGGGUGCGAUGCCUGCUUCAGCAAGUAUUGCUACAAGAGAUGA